ACCUAUAAAAGGUAGAGACGGUGACGAACGGCUGCAUAGUCGUUACUCGACUCUACGACCAUCAGGUGCUUCUCUGCACAUUAUCUGCAAUAUAUUAUAGUAACGGGAACUCGUGAGAAAUGUUUCGGUUGACGGUGAUUUUGGCGGUCUGCUGUCAUUGGACCGGUGUUCGGGGACAGUUCGAGAACGGGAUCGUAUUCACGAACGGUGAUAACUCGAUCGGGACGGUGUACCCUACCCAAUCAGCGGCUAUAAGGCAAGCCACUACGAUAGCAAAUCAGAAGUGCAUGUGUGUUCUUGCCGGAACUUGUCCAACUGGAGGAAAUGGCAUUGAUAUCAGGAUCGUAAACAAUGGCCCAACUCAGACUCCUUGUCCUGCGGGUUACGUAUCAUGCUGUAGCCCAGGCAAUCAAAAUCAGGUGGACGGCACCUGUGGCAUCCGGAAAAUCACUCCAACGCAACAACCCGUCGUUGGUCAGGCAAGUUUCGGAGCCUACCCCUGGCAAGCGGCUCUAUUGAACUCCCAACAGGCCUAUCUCGGCUCCGGUGUUCUUCUCGAUGCCACCCACGUACUUACUGCUGCUCACAAAGUCGCAGCUUUCGUAAACAAUCCAACGGGCAUGUUGGUACGACUCGGUGAAUGGAACGCCCGAAGCAACUCUGAACCUCUAGAUCCUGUGACGGUGAAUGUCGUCAGGAUUACGCUUCACCCGCAGUUCAACGCCAACAACCUCGAAAAUGACUUGGCAAUCAUUACGCUUAACGGAUACGUCAACAUUCCUUCCUAUGCCAAUGUCAAUACUGCUUGUAAACCCACUACCGCUCCUGUCACUGGCAGAAGAUGCUACGUAGCUGGCUGGGGUAAAAAUUUGUUUGGACCAAAUGGAUCUUACCAAAGUAUCUUGAAGGAGGUCGAUGUACCGAUCCUUGACAACACCGACUGCGAAAAUCGUCUCAAACAAACGAGGCUUGGAGCUGCCUUUGUCCUAAACCGAGUUAGCUUCAUGUGCGCGGGUGGCGAAGCGGGAAAAGAUGCCUGCACUGGUGACGGUGGGGCUCCACUAGUUUGUCAAAAAGCAAGCGGCCAAUGGGAGGUGGUCGGUAUAGUUGCUUGGGGCAUAGGCUGCGCUACCCCCGGAGUCCCCGGUGUCUAUACAAACGUCUUCAACUUCCUGCCAUGGAUCAACACAGUCGUCGCUACCUUGUAAAAACUGCUGUCUCGUGAAAAAAUGUGUUCUUACUCAGAAGAUAAUGGUUCACGUUGACGAGUGCACUGCUUUGCAUUCUGGGCAUUUAAGACACUGUUUUCAGAAUACCGUACUAUGACUAUUAAACAAAUAGUUUAUAAGCGUGACUGAAUUGAACAAGAAAAAUGAAUCGUGAAGUAGGCGUAUAUAUAAUAGGAUGAUGUAGACAGUAAAGGUGAGAAAAGAAAUAACACCGUAACAUAUACAGACUGGAUAAAAUUUAUAUUUUCCAAUUUUUCAUCAAAUUUUCUCUUUGUUUCGCUCAUUCAACAUUAGAUUAUAAAUAUUUCUUUUUUUUUUAUAUAUACACUUAUGCUCAUAGAAUCUCGAAACAUAUGAAUUUCAAAUUUCAAAACGCAAAGUACGACUUACUAACUGCAAAGAUUUCAUUUGCGUUUGCACGUGUGAAAAAAUCGGGGGAAAGCAUCGAGCGAAUCAAAAGAGGAACAAGGAUUAGCUUUUGAUUCUCUGCCGAGGCUGGAGAAACUUUAAAAGAAAAAACAGUUUUUCUAUCGACGGGCUGAUCCUUCGGGUCUUUUGACUCCCAAUCAUCUCCACGUAAGCUAAAAGCGAAUAUUUUAGCCAUAAUCGUUUUUUUUAAUGAAUUAUCUUUAUUUAUUUAUCUUGUAAAAAAGUACGCGAACAGUGAUUGUCGAUCAAAUAGCAUCACUGCGAUAAUGAUGAUGAUCGAUGUUCGCGCGCAUUUAUAUUUAUAAUAUAUACUAUAUGAGAAGCUCUCGUGAGAGUAGAAAAGUUUCACUCUUAUAUGACAUUGUAAUGUUUACUUGUCUACCUUUACGAAACAAAUUCUGUUUGCAAAAAGUGUACAUAGCUGUAUAUAAGCUUCUUAUGUAACACUAUUCUGUACAAGUUUCAUUUUUUGUUAACAAGACAUUUGUAAUAAAGAAUGAAUAUUAAAAUGAAGAAAUGUUUUUAUUCUAUCGUUAUAAGAAAGGAGUUAUUGCAUAUUCCGUCAAUCAUACAAUGUGCAUAGCUAUUUUAGUUCUCCUUUUUUAUGAAAACUGCAUGUUAUGUAAUUAUUAAAAUAUAAACGUUCAACUUGAACUGUCUUAAAAAUGAACUUGAAUCGUUUCGGAUAUUUUUCACGUUUUUUAGUGAUGUAUAAAAAGCAAAUACCAUGUUACUAUUUGAUAUUAAGUAUACUACACACCACAUUUUCAAUUUGUUCUCUAAAAAGACAAAUAUACAUUUAAUUUAUUUGAAUCUCUCAACCCCUAAACGAUGUUAUUGUGCAAACUCCCAAAACUUCGAGAGCCUUCUCCUUGCACUUUAUUUUUGAAAGCUACUUCCAAGUAAUUGAAUCCCCCGAACAAAAAUGCACCUUUUUCGUUAAUCAGUUUUUUUUUUUUUUUUUUUUUAAUAACCAAAUUAAUUGUACAAAUAUUGGUGGAUUUUAGAGAGCAUGUACUAUACAGGAUUUUAAAAUACAAUUUUAAAUCCAUUUGAUCAAUAGCAAUAAAAGUGCAUAUAGUUCAUUUUUUCUAUUUCUCAUUCGUUUGUUUGUAUAAAAAUCGAGGUGUUCACUAACAUAGUUCGUGUAAAAUGUACAAUUUUUUAAUCAUAAACGCUUCAUUUGUCAAUUAAACGGAAAUUGAUCGUCAGUAUUAAUAUUAACUUAAUAAUAAUAAUAAUAAUAAUAAUAAUAAUAGCACUAAUAAUAAUUACAAGUUAACUAAGGAUAAAAUGUUCUGCUGAACUUCUAUAACGCUAAAAAUUUAACCUUCACGUAACUUACAUACUCAACGGCUAAUAAAUACAGCGUUUGAAAAUGUUUUUGACUCGCUUCUUCUCUGUUCACAAUCAAGCGCAAGAUUAAUUUACAAUGUAAUUACUUCUUAGAAGUAAGAAGACUUCUUCAAAGUGCCUAUUCAAAACGCAAUCACAAAAGUGCCCGCGAGCACAAAAAAGUCAAUUUCAACUAUAGCAGACACAAACUUUUUUGCUGUAUUUUUUUCUUAUAUACUCCGGACCGCCUUUGCAAACUACCGCUUAAUCUUGAGUUGACAUGCACGUAAUCGCAUUAUUAUUAAAUUCGGUGAUGGGUUACUUUUGUUACUUUGAUUUAACGCUUAUUUUAGUUUAUAAUUUGUCUAUAUUUUCGCUCUAUAAAUAAAAAAAAAUUAUUUUUCAUUUUUGACCUUUCUAUAUAAAAUGCAUGGGCUUUUAACAAUGAUUGAAAAAUAAUACUUGUCACAGUUGACAUAAUAGAACCAUCACAAAAACGUAUAUGCAAUUCAUGAAACAUCUUAUUUUUUUCCCUCUAAAAAAAUUAUGACUGGAUAUUGUAGAGCCAUUAAUAAAGCGAUUUGAUUGGUAUGGAAACAAAUAUCCGGUCUAAAUGUAGUCACGAUUUAACUUUUAUCCUCAAGAAAAUUGAGCGAGCGUUAAAUUUAACUAGUAAUAAAAAAUGAUUCCGCCAGCAUAAAGCAGUAGUUUUUAAAUAGUGGAAUCAAAUACGUUAUAUAUUUAUUUACAUAAUGACAACUUCACUUUUUGCAUAUAUACUUUUUAACGUUUACAUCACGUUGCAAAAAUUCCUCAGUGUAUUAUUGUUGAUAAACGUAAAAUAUUGCCAUCAAUCAACUAUUUCUUUGGAAGCUGUGUAUCAUAAUUAAAUGAUUCAUAUAAUAAAGAUAAAUCACUAACAAAUCGAAAAUUUACAUAAUCCUAA